AAAGUAAAAACAAAAACGGCACCAUCUGGUUCAGGCGGACGUGUUUUCGCAAUGAAAAGCUUGACUAUAUUUUCUCACAUUAAAUAUGAAAACGUCAAUUUAAUAGUAAAAAUCUAUUUUAAAAAUAACAGUACAGUUAAUCUGCGCCAUUUUUUAACCCGUGACACACAAGAAAAAGCAAAAGGAAAGAAAAGGUAAAAAAAAGAAGGAAGAUAAGAUAUUAAAGAGUGCGACAAAUCCUGGUAGCAAUAUGACAAAGAAGGUUUUUUUGUGGACUGCACCUCGGUGUAUCUCAACAGCAUUUGAACGAUCAAUAAUGGAAAUCAAUCACUCCAAGAUAUUUCAUGAACCCUAUUCAAGAAGUUACUAUUUCGGUCCGGAACGACAAAGUUGCAGAUACGAAAGUAGUCCGGUAGAUUUGAAAGCAUCAUACUUGGAUACAUGUAAAAAACUGACCAAGGAAUUCGACGGUAUAGAGGUCAUAUUUUCAAAGGACAUGGCGUACGCUAUCGAGAAUCAUUUUGAUGAAAUGCUAAAGGACGAACUGAAAAACUUUCAACACACAUUUUUGAUCCGAAAUCCUAAAAAAACAGUUGUCAGUUUGUAUAAAGCGUCGGUAAAUACACAACUAACCGGAUGGGAUUUUUUCGAUCCAGUCGAAGCUGGAUUUAAGCAAAUGUAUGAUUUGUAUCAGUUCAUUAUAAACCGGUUAGACCAGCAACCGGUGAUUAUUGAUGCAGAUGAUUUGUUGGCGAACCCGGCUGAAACAAUGGAAGCCUACUGCAAAGUCACAAAUCUUCCAUUUGAUGAAAAUAUGUUGAAAUGGGAACCUGGUCCAAUACUGGAUUGGGAUGUUUGGAAUGGUUGGCAUGACAGCGCACUCAAAAGCUCAGGAUUUACCAAGCAUGAUGUCCAGCAGCUACAAAAUUUUGAAAACUUGGACGAUUACCCAUUAGAAGUACAGUCGUGUGUAAAAGAAUGUCAAGUGUAUUAUGAGUUUUUAAGAACCCGAAAAACUGAACCAACAAAUACAUGUUAAGACUGUUUGAGAUGUAAAGAAAAAACGCUGUUGCGUCAUUCAACUGUUUACAAAUGAAAUUUUCACCAGCACCAAAUAUUUCCACGUUAACCGUUUUUCUAAUGUUAUUCUUUUAGCAAUGUUUAGUUGAUGAAAGGAAAAGCUAUCUAUUAUUUGUCAGUUUCUUGUGCAGGGUGCAGAUUGUAGAAGUACCCUAAGGAUUACAUUUUGCGGGUAAUAAAAUAGUUGGCAAUGUUUGAUAAAAUUUCUUCCCUUAGUUCUAAUUCGAAAAUUUGAGUUUUAAAGGGAAACACAAGUAGCUAUUAAUCUAUACACACAUUUUUAAAAAAUAAUUUAAUCUCUAAUUUUUCACGAAGUUGAAUAUAUUUAUAAAGGUUUUAUGUACUAUUAUGACACGAAACACCUAAAGUAACAAAUCAUAGACUUGAUGCUACUGUUGACAAAUUAAAACAUGAAGUAGCAAAAUAUUUGCGCUUUGCAAAGGGGUAGGACGGGGGAUAUUUUGUAGGUGUUGUAUAAAAAGAAAUUCUUCUCCUAAUCAUGUGUCCUAUACAAGGAGAUGAAAAAAUUGUUCUUGAUGUACACAAAUUAGUCUUUCUGAUGGUAUGAAAUGCUUUUUUAACCGAAAGAGUUGAAGGUUUAAUGCACUAACGGCGUUCCAUGCAUGAAUCUGCAGAAUGAUUAUUAAUGCUUAACCUCGUUCCCAGCUCCUGUUGUCUUUUUUAUAUCGGGACGACGAGAUGUUUAUAUCACCUUUCUGAUGUAAGAAAAGAUACAAGACGCCCUGGGAACUAGGUUGAUAAAUGCUGCUUUUUUAUAUUUUCGUGCAGGAGAUGUCCUUCUUACGACUAAUUAGCGUUUUAUUUUUCUUUCAUUUUUGGUUUGUGUUUUAUUUUCGUGAAAAAACGCAGCUGUUGUAAAACAGGCGUAUGAAAUGGAAAUAAGAAAACAACAAUUUUCUCGACAUUAUUUUUAUUUAUUUUUAUUUAUUUUUUAUCUGAGCUACAUCAUGCCAAAAACUGAAGGAUUAGGAGUAAAGGCGUGACGGUCACAAGUCAAAUUGGCGUUUUCAGUCUCUUCGUAACUCGUAAAAUUCAUACACAAAAAUUUUAAACACAUUUUUCACGAGAUAUUAUCUAAGAUUGCACCAGCAAAUGCACCUCAAAAUCCAAGAUCUCACAAGUGUUUGGCUAUGCGAGCCUGAUUAC